CCACAUUCACUACUUCGACGAGCUCGAGUCUACGCACCACGGGAUGUCCUCCGCACUUGCUCGUCUGCAGCGCGCGACAGCGCAUACCACAUUCUACAGCUCCCCGACUCGCGGUUUGCUCUACCUCCCUGGCCACCGCCAUGCGAUGAUGUCCGCCCUCUCCCAUGACCGACCUGCACCCCCACCAACUGCCUCGACAUCAUCAGCAUCACCAACCGCAUCCACGUCCUCUUCCCCGGCGCUGGGAGAGACACCCCCCGUCGUCGUUCCGUCACCAUCCAAGCCUCCUACCGCCCGUAACCUGUCCCCGGAUGCCGCGUCUCCGCAGGUCGCUGCACGGCCUCCUCCUGUCCCCAAGGCCGAGCGACCACGUCCGAAGAUCCGCGCUCAGAAGGCCGCAAUCACUUUGACGCCAACGGCUGUCGAGCGCUUGCGGAACCUGUUGAAGAGCCCAACACCGCAAAUGAUUCGCAUUGGUGUCAGGAAUAAGGGCUGCGCCGGGCUUUCAUACCACUUGGAAUAUGUCGAGAAGGCGGGGAAGUUCGACGAGGUGGUCGAGCAGGAUGGGGUGAAGGUGUUGAUCGACAGCAAGGCGCUGUUCUCGAUCAUCGGAAGCGAGAUGGACUGGAAGGAGGACGCGUUGAGCGCGAAGUUUGCGUUCAAGAACCCCAACAUCAAGGACGCUUGUGGAUGCGGAGAGUCGUUUACUGUCGGAGCAUGAGAGGUCAUGGACGCGUACGACCGCGCUCUCUUUGCCUCCGCCCGUGUUCUCGCCCUAUUUCAUCACUAAUAUCUCUGUCAUCCCAGCCCAUGUAUCCAUAGUGCACUGACGUCUCGUAAAUAGAGGUGCUUUCCA